GUCUGGUUUGGGGACUGGACAUGUUUUUAAAGAGACCGAAGAGCUAAAGAAAUUUAAAAAAUGUUUACAAACGUAUGCGGGGUUCACUGAAUAUGUUUGCAUCGAGUUUAAAAAAAAAAACGGAAAAUCGCGUUUCGACCUAAAAACUACAGCUCUGAAGACUCAGCAUGGCCGACCAGAGGCUGUUGUACUUCGAUAUCAAAGCUGAAUCGAACAGCUCCACACCUGCUGCAGCCGAGGAGCCCCUCUGGUCUCGCAGCAAUAACGUCUUCAGGUUUAACUUCUUCCCUGACAGUUCUCCAGCAGCUUCAGAGAAAGCACCUGCAUCGGACAGGACUGAGCCAACAAGCCAGAUUUCCUUCACUGAACAGGGCUCUGCUUUUGCCUUCAACUUUCAAAUCCCUCCUGCAGAAGACAUGGACACAACAGACACUCCAAAUACUCAAGGUGACCGACAGUGCGUCCCAGAGGAGAAGCCUCCCCUUUCGCAGGAGGUUGAGUCUCCACCUGAACAAUCUGAGCAAUCAAAAACAAAGAAGAAGAAAAAGAAGUCAGGGAAGAAAAACUCCUCGAGUAUUGAGCCACUGCAGAAGCCAGCUGAGGAGAGUGAAGGUGCUGCAGAGGAGCUGGGUCAAGAAGAGCAGCUGAAAAGGGAGCUGGACUGGUGCAUCGAGCAGCUGGAGCUGGGCCUGAAGUGUCAGAAGGGCACACCGAAGCAGAAGGACGAGGCCUCGCGUGCCCUAAAGACUCUGCGCAGCUCCAAAGCUCCUCUGCCCAAGAAGAGGCAGGUGAUGAGAGCUGUAACUGGAGAUUACAGAAAGAAGAUGGAAGAGGAGAAGACCAAGCAAUUCAAACUAAUUCAGAGCGAAAUCGCAUCAGCCCAGGUCAAACUUGUGUCAGAGUCCCCAAAGAAGUCUGUUUUCCACCGGAGAGCUGAAGACAAAACUCAGACAUCACUCGCUGAGGAGAAGCUGCGGCGCACUGAAGCUCACUGUGCAGAGCUGACGCCGCAGACUCAAGAGGCGACGCCGGUUUUUGUUCUUAUCCCAUCGAAGGAGGAGUUUCACUUCAAUUUUCUCUGACUUGUCUGUCCUGAUGCCAAAUCCUUCACAAUGCAGCAUGCUGGAGAUAAAGUGCUACGUAGGCUGGCAGAACGGCACCGUCAGAUAUCUGUGGACAACAUUCUGGUGAACGCUGAAGAUAUGAGGAGAGAAGACGUCAAAAUCUCUGUGUUUACAGACAAAACCUUUAACUAAUACAUUUUUACAAAGCGUGAUGCAUUCACUGAAUUAAUGUGAUUGCUCAAAUCUCAAGGGAAACGUAUUCAAGUCCAUUCAGGCUGACAGCAUGGCGCCUCGAACCAUGUUACCAUAAAUACUGGAUUGCUGUCGAUUACACCUGAGGUGCCAAAAUAUCUUGUAUAUUUAGAAAAACAGACAAAUAUGUUUUUGUUGGACUUCUAAGAUAAUAAUCAUGUUAAUUCAGAAAAAAUGGUUCAAAGCAUUUGAGGUUUUUUGUUUUAUAUUGCUAUAUUGCUAAAUAAAUAAAAAAAUUGGUAUUUUUGCUUGUAGUGGCUUCAUUAAAUGCAAUGAUAAAAUGAAAUAAACAUUUCUAAGUAAAAUUGUACAGUUUACAGUUAAUAAUCCAAAUCGAUAAAUAGAUUUUUUCUUCUUCACUAAGGCUAACAUAUAUCUAACAUAUAUUCCACAAAGACUUUAUACAUUCAUGUGAAAAACAAAAUGCACCUCAUGAUUCAGUAACUUGUAGAACCACUUUUAGGUGCAACAACUUGAGCAUUAAUUGUUUCUUGGGAUUAAUGUCCUCUCCUGGGGAAGAUUAUAGCAUUAUUGCUACAGCAAACUGAAAACCUUCCUUUUCAUGUGACUGUAUGUACCGCUUUUUAUUAAAAUGGAAACUAGUUGAGUUAGCUCUGAUUUAAUCAAGGAUAUUGUGAAAGUUUAGUCACUAAUCUCACU